AGUUCACUUCCUGUAUCUGGUGCCGUAUUGACAUCCGUCUCACUCAGUCCCAUCUUACUACUGUCAAAUCCAGACUUUGUAGGCGCGUUUAUUUCAUCACUCGGCCCCGCUGUCGGUGUGAGGUGAGCCGGCUGUUAUCUUACACCAGGGGCGGGCUGUGGGAGUCGAGCAGCCGGACAGCAGGCAUGAUGGUCGGGCUGCCGAUGGUGUUCCUUGCGGGGUUGCUGGAGGUCUGCUGCGGCGUCUCGGCAAACAGAGGGGGGUAUCCCUCUUUCACAGACGAAGUCCCUUUCAAAAUCACCUGGCCAGGCGCUGAAUUCACGCUGCCAGUUACAGGGGUACUUUACAAAGAAGAUGACUUUGUUAUCAUGACAACAACAGAGAAGGAGAAGUAUAAAUGUCUCCUGCCUUCCCUGACAUCUGGAGAUGAGGAUGACGAUAAGGACUACAGUGGGCCCAGUCCUGGUGAGCUGCUGGAGCCACUAUUCAAACGAAGCAGCUGCUCCUACAGGAUUGAGUCAUACUGGACAUAUGAAGUAUGCCAUGGAAAGCAUAUAAGACAGUACCAUGAAGAGAAGGAGACUGGCCAGAAGAUUAGUGUUCAAGAGUACUUCUUGGGGAAUAUGGCACAGAAGAGCCAGUCAACAGAGACAGAUAAAGUUGAAGAGGCAGAAAAGGUCAAAUCAGCAGAUGAAAUUGAAGUGCCCACUAAGAACAUAGAAGGUCAGCUGACUCCCUUCUUCUCGCUGGAGAUGGGAAAUGGGACUCCUUGUGUGCUGAAACAGAACGACGCUCGCUCAACGUCUGUGCUGUACGUCUGUCACCCAGAGGCCAAGCAUGAGAUCCUUUCUGUCGCUGAGGUCACUACCUGUGAAUAUGAGGUGGUGGUGUUGACACCGCUGCUUUGCGCACACCCAAAAUACAGGUUCAAGUCCUCCCCGGUGAACGCCAUCUUCUGCCAGGCUCUGGCAGGCUCCCCUUUGCGGCCUCUGCGGCUCACUCAGCUGGAUAAGGAGCAAGAGGAGCAGCUUAAGCCGCCUUUCAGCGCCACCUCUGGGACCAGAGAGGAGGCGACGCCACCAGUGAGAGAGGAGGCCUUCACCUCCACUCACAAACCCAUGACUGUUGGAGGCCAGUCUCAGGUCACUGUCGGCACCACUCACAUCUCUCGUUUGACGGACGACCAGCUAAUCAAGGAGUUCCUUAGUGGCUCGUACUGUCUGCAUGGGGGGGUAGGGUGGUGGAAAUAUGAAUUCUGCUACGGCAAGCAUGUCCAUCAGUACCAUGAGGAUAAAGAGCAAGGAAAGAACACCGUGGUGGUCGGGAACUGGAAUGCCAUGGAGCACAACGAGUGGGCCAAGAAGAACGUUGCCCGAUCCUACCAGCUCAAAGAUGAUGGAGUGCAGAAAGUCAAGUUGGUUUCCCACUUUUAUGGCCACGGGGAUGUGUGUGAUCUGACAGGGAGGCCCAGACAGGUCAUUGUAAAGCUCAAAUGUAAGGAGUCUGAGUCUCCCCAUGCUGUCACUGUCUACAUGCUGGAGCCUCAGACUUGUCAGUACAUCCUUGGGGUUGAGUCUCCGGUCAUAUGCAGGAUUCUUGACACUGCUGAUGAACGUGGACUUCUGUCAAUCUCCAGUUAAAUUAUCAAAGAUCAUAUGAUGGCAACAGCACACUAAGGACAAGGAGAGGACGGACAGAGACAGAUGCACUUGAAGAGAAAGAACAUUGAUCAUAAAGAAGAAGCCUGUUUGGUGGAGGAAGAAAGAUGCCCAUGACACUGCGCUAAAAGCCCAAAUCAAGGUUAAACUGUGGUUGAACUUGAUGCUGAGGCUGGACUUCCCUUAGCCUAUAGAAGCACAGCCUCAGACCAUGCCCUGAUCUGUGCUAUGGGCAAUGCUACAUCCAGCAGGGGCUAGCUCAGACAUUGUGAUAACACAUUGAAUUGGUGCUGACGCCUCCCUCCACAAGGCAGUGGGUUUAUUGCCUGCACACCAUAUCUAUGCUUCACUUUGUGUUGAUUAAUUGCAAGCAAAGGAGUUCUGUAUCAGGGGAUAAGUUAACAUCAGGGGAAUCACAAUAUUCAUGGUGGUUUUAUUUUUCGUGUGUGUGUGUGUGUGUGUGUGUGUGUGUGUGUGUGUGUGUGUGUGUGU